CUAAGGCAUCGGACAGACUCAACUAUAUUCGCCUUCACCAUCGCAUUAUCGCCGAUAGUUUCGAUGGAACUCGACGCCGAUCAGCUAACGGAGGCAGGUAGACCACGUCGACGUAUUCCUGCAUGUCGAAGGUGUCGAGUGAGGAAAGUCAAGUGCGACAACAAGCUUCCAGUCUGCUCUACAUGUGAAAAAGCCGGAGUAGAAUGUGACCAGGCUAGUUCCGACAAACUGCUUGUUAGGCAGCUAGAGACCCGUGUCAAGGACCUUGAGGCUCUUAUAAGCAUACAUGCCCCGCAGCUAUCACUUGAUGGGCGUGUCCCUGGGCCUCUGGAUACGGCUUCGCGCACUGAGCCCCAACCGUCAGCCAACAGGCAGCUCGACACUCAGGAGGUUGGGGCUUCUACCACCCAUACAGACCGACACUCACCCAGACCCAGAGCAGUAACUAGCACUUUUAAUACACCAAGCCCAUCUGUUCAGAGCAGCCAAAUCGGUCCUGAGCAGCCUCUUGCACAUGAGGUUGGCUUGUUAUCAUUGGGCAAUGCAGCUAGCGAGCCAAAGUAUCUGGGACCAUCAUCAGGCUUCACCCUAGCUCGAUUGACGUACGCAGCCAUUUCACAAAGUCAAGGCUUACCCAGCACAGCUCAUCAAUCCCAAAGCUAUGGUGGAACGAAUUUACUAUGUCAGCAAUCUGAAUGCGUACCACUGCCAUCAUUGGCUGAGAUGCGCCGCUUUGUUGGGGCCUAUCUUGAAGUAUUACACCCUCUUUACCCCUUCCUCCAAGACGGCAAGAUCGAACAAAUGCUAGAGGCAAGGCUUCAGGUGUCUGGGAAUCCAACAGAGAGAGCCUCGCUUGAUGAUGCAAUGCUGUUUCUAGUCGCCGCCCUUGGCGCACGCCUACUUGAACAAGGUCGCAAUGUCAACUUGAAAAGUGCGAAUUACUUUGCCUCCGCCAUGGCUCAUGUUGUUACAAUCCAGUUACAAGAUUCCAUUCAAGGAGUACAAAUCAUGCUACUUCUGGUUCUAGCUAGUUUCACCUUCCCAGGUGGCCUUAAUGCUUGGUUUCUUUCGUCCACAAUCAUUGCUAGCUGCGUAGAUUUAGGAUUGCAGCGCAGAAAGGUUCCUCUUCGCCACGACUACCAAACUGACCCGGGUGCGGAAAUUAACGAAAACAUAAGGUGUGCCACUUUCUGGUCCGCCUAUUCAAUUGACCGUACGCUAUGUACAAUUCUUGGUCGACCACUAAAUCUGCGAGACGAAGCUAUCGAUAUAGAUUUUCCGGGAGAGAUUUCGACUGAAUCAACUAGUGAAAAUGCUGUUUCAUCCCAUCCUAACCAUAGCGCACGUAUUCAAUCGACGAUGCAAUCAUUCGAUGGAUGUAAUGAUGGGCCAGUGAAGAGGCGGCGCAUCGAUAGUCCAACUCAUCUAAACUAUGCUGCUUCAACAUUCUUCUUCCGGUUUGAUAGAAUCACAGCAGAGAUCAAGCUCAUGCUAUAUAGGGUUGCGCAGGCUCCUUGGAGGUUUCCAUGGCCGACAGAUCACCUGCGGUGGCAAACUGAGGCACUGAAGGCUUGUGAUGAACUGCUUGAGUCCGCGCGCGAGACAUUGUCAUCCCACCUAUUGAUGCCGAGCUACUUCCGGCGACUUCUCCCAAAUUUGGAGAUCAAGUAUCAUCAGUGUAUAUUACUACUAUGUCGCCCGACACCUGCUAUACCUCAACCAUCACCAGAAGCUUGCAGGCGAUGCUAUCAGUCAGCAUCGGAAAUACUCAGGCUUCAUGCCGAGCAAUCGAAAUUUGGGGAACUAUUCAACAGCUGGCUUACAGCACACCUCGUAUUUGUUAGUGGGAUCACCUUUAUACAUUGUGUCAUGAAACUCCCUGACCUGGGCAGAGAGGUUGUCGAGGGUGCUUCCUCAGCGACGGGUCAGCAAAGCUUUGAUGAAAGUGUCACAGACUGCUCGGAAGUUUUGUCAUGCCUUGGGAAGACGUGGUCAGUCGCCAGCGAUGCAAAGGAGAGAUUUGAAAAACUCGCGGCCCUGACUAAAAGCACGCUUAUUACCGCGCUCGGGAACAGCAAUACUAAAAUUGGAGACGCUCUGGCUGCUGUUGGAUCAAUUAUCAACAAGCGUGGAGGAGUCACACAAGAGCCCGCUGAUCCACUCAUGGCCAGUGGAGGUAAUGCGGAUCUCGAUACAUUCCUCGGAAGCGAGUUCAUAUGGGAAGAGCUAGGAGAUAUGUCAACUUGGUUCGAUUUGACCUGGGUGGGCGAUAAUCAGAACUCUUCAAACGACGCGAGGUGACAUAUUGAGAGUAUCCCGGACACUAAAGUGUAUUAAUGCUUUACCAUACUGUCUCUCAGCGCAAUAUUGGGCCUUUAGACCUGCGCAUUGCAAUUUCACAUCUUCCAGAAU